UCGUGCACUAGCUACGAAAGCAAAUACGAGCAAACCCGAGAAGCCAUCGACUACAUCAAAAAACUGCGGUUACCCGACCCACAACACAAGGACAUAAAUCGGUACCUGUGUGUGUUCCACUUUUGAUAGGUUGCCUAUGUGAUGGUGUUGGUGCCUGUAGUUGUAAUGAUGCUUGGUGCGUACCGUUGUUGUGACGGUAUUGUUGUGAGAUUAGAUGGUGUUGUCGAGCGUGUGGUGUAUCGAUAAUGUUAAUGUGAUCGCUUACACGCGGGGUAUUAGGCAACCGGGUACAGCAAUAGUCUGUAGUGGACCCCAUCCGAUUUUCUGUCGGCGUUGGGGUUAGCAUUGGAAAAGCCGUCACAGCAGUUCCCACGGAUAGAAGAGGCUUCGGCGGCAGCCACAGCGCUAGCAACGUUUUGUGUGUGUGCCAGUACACCUAUCGGUUUGUGUUUGGCGGUUAGGUUGUGUACAGGGCCCGAUGUCUUCUUAAGUACGAGCGCUCUAAUUGACUAUUCCUGUGUGUAUAUGUCAAGUGACGGCUUCCCACUAAAACCAAGCGCCAUUCUGUCGCGAAGAUCAGAGCCACUAUUGCCACCACUAUCACAGCGAAUACCAAGACACAACACGCGUGCGUGUUUCUUGCUCGUAGUGUUUCUUGUCACCCACCGAUUCCACGAACAUGCUGCUUCUACUUAUGUAAGUAAUAUAACGUCAGUCUCCCAAAAUCGGGUCUCUCAAAUCUUCAGAUAGGCGGUGGCGGCAGGGCUUCGUGAACAGUGAGUUGUAAACUUUGUGUCAGCGGCGAACCUGAUUGCCUCGCGACAUCGAUCGCUGCCAAUUAAAUUGCCGGCGCUUCGUGGGAAUUUGUCGCCGUGGGAUUUUUCAGGCGGUAGCCGUUGUUUCAAUAUUCGAAGGGCAGGUCUCCAACCGACCGGUAUUGUCGUCCGCUUCUCUUUCAUUAGGUGUCAGUGCAGUAGCUUCAACGGUCUACUAGUGGUUCUGGAUGUAAUCACGACUAUAGCAAAAAAAAGUAAACAGGGACCCCACCAAGAAGGUACAGUUGAUCUGCGUUUGUAAGCGUGUAUUCCUUAUGCCGGCAGGGUAUCUGCAUCACUAAUGCUUGCAUUUCCUCUCGAGUGCAGACAGUCAAAUUAUAGAAGAUACUGGCUGACACUAGCAAAAUUCGAUAGCAUCUAACGCCUAAAGCGGCUCGGUGCGCAAUAAAGUUAAAUCAAGCUAAGAAGAACAGAGAGGGAUUUGGUUGCAUCCACAACGAUUGGCCGAUUCGCCGGGAAAGUCGAACCCGACCAGGCCGCCCUGGUGGGGCCUAGACAAUCAGGGCAUCGAAUUAGACGUAACACAACAGAAUGCCUCUUGAGGCGUUAUCCACUGCCGACGCACUAAAAUGGUGCAAAGAAUUCGACUCGGGCGGAUCAGACCAUAUAUCUGCAUUACUUAAUGAAGUAACCGCACAGCUUCGUAAUGGCUCACACACGCAGGAGGGCAUUGAUGCAACCGCGAGUCUCGUUCGCCUUAUGGAAGCGCUUCUGGGCAGCGGAGUUGCCCCGGGUAAGGUUUGCGCACUGUUGCCAACACUAUCAGAAGAGUCGGCGGCUUCGGUACUUCCACUACACGAUGCUCUGUGCGACGUGCUCUGCGUGCUUGACGGGUAUACACAGGGAAGCGACUCAUCUUAUAGGCCAAGGUUGGUUGCAUUAGUACGAGCUCUUGUCUCAGGAACGGGCACAAGUGGAAACCCGAUUAUCGAUGGCGACCUGCUUCGAGAGAGAUUAGAUGUCGACCUCCAAGGAGAAGCUGGUCUUGUACGAAAUUCGAAGGCAGCAAACACGAAGAUGAUUCGAGUAAAAACUCGUCUUUUUUACAAGCAGAACAAGUUUAAUUUACACCGUGAGGAAAGUGAAGGUUAUGCGAAACUGCUUACGGAGCUGUUGAAUCGUCAGCAUACGGACAGUAGCAGGUUAUUCGAGGUGCUGAAGGCGCUCAUAGGAUGCUUUUCGCUCGACCCUAACCGUGUGUUGGACUGUAUCCUAGAAGCAAUCGAGGACCAGCCUGACAGGCACGAAUUGCUAAUUGGCGUCUUGCAAGCCUUCGGCAUGGAUUCGGGAAAUGUUGCCCAAGUAAUCGGAUUUAAGUUCUCUUGCUACCAACAGUUGCAGCAACCCUCAGGCGAAUCGGGAUCAGCCGGAGCUUCUGGAGCCACCGGCGGUUCCGAAGCCCCUGAGAGCUUAUUCAAAGCGUGUGCGUUACUUAUCAAACACGAGAUCAUCACCGUUGACCAAAUCUAUUCCCUUCUUUCCCCUAGCAACGAAACUCUAGUCGAGCAGUACCGUGAAGAGCUUACCACAGCGAGACAAUGGGCAAAGAAAACCAUAUCUUUAACGACUGAGCAAAUAGCCGACGCAGAAAGGGCGGAGGCAGCCGCCGCGGCCGCGGCUAUGGCUAAUGCCGAACAACAAGAACAAGUUAGUAGUAAUUCGACUGGUAAUGGGGUUUCCGGAGUCGCCGGUAGUACGAAAAGCGGCGGAGCAACCGGUGCUGCGGCCGGAGCUUCCACUCAGCAGACAGCAGCGGAAAAAACCGAUGGACAGACCUCAACUUUGGCGACUUCAAGUAGCAGCAGCAGCGGCGGCGGUAGCGACGAGAUGGCAGGUGGACCCGGAAGCAAUGCAGGAUUAAGCUGCUGUCAGAAGCUGGCCCUACUCGCCGCCCUGGUGCAGGUGGGCGCCUGGAAACAUCUCAGACAGGUGCUCGACUACAUCCCCGGUCCCCUUGCCAUGCUCAACGAGAGGGUUCACUCGACGGUUAUACAGACACUACAUUAUAUGAUUGAUCCACUCUACUCGAAGAACUCGACACUCCCAUCGGCGUAUCGCAAAAAGAUCUCAUCGAAGCAGAAAGUGUCCUCUAUUGGCGUGGAGUGCGUCCAACAAGUGAGCACGUUUAAAGAGUUCCAGAAGGACGUCGUACCGCUGGUCUGCACGUUGGGGCCCAUGCUGCACAAGGAUCCCGUGUUGCUGGGUAAGAUCGUGCGUCUUUGCAAGACAUAUGUAGGUAAGAAGCCUCACGAACGUGUUGACUUCGGAGCCGAUGAGCUCGAAUUGGACAUAUUAACUCUCCUGGAAGAGGCUCUUUUACCAUCCUUGCAACUUCUACCGGCCAACUGUGCCGUAUCAGAAGAGCUGUGGUGCGUGAUAAAAUCCUACCCAUACCAACAAAGGUACCGGUUGUACGCAUCGUGGAAACUUGAAAGCUCUCAUCCGCUGUUGAUUCGUGUGCGCGCAGUUACAUGGCGAAGAACUCGUCAUAUGAUGAAACGUCUUACCAAAGAGACGGCAAAACAAUGCGGCCGACAGUUGGCGAAACUUGCUCAUUGCUCACCAUGCUUGGUGCUCAGCUACAUGCUAACACAGGCUCAGCAGUGGGAUAAUCUAAUUGGACCUGUGGUGGAUUCGUUGAAGUUCUUAACGAGUUUAUCUUACGAUUGCCUGGCUUUCUGCGUCGUAGAGGCUCUGUCCGCGCAGAAAAAAGAUCGUCUCCAGGAUGAUGGGGUUACGGUUAGCGGUUGGUUAAAAUCGAUCGCAUCGUUCUGUGGAGCCGUCUUCAAAAAGUAUAACAUCGACCUCACUGGAUUGCUUGCACUGCUAGCGAACAAGAUCAAAGAUCAAAAAUUCCUCGAUCUUCUUGUUCUCAAGGAAAUUGUCUACAAGAUGUCCGGAAUCGAGGCGAUGGAACAACCAACGCCGGAACAGCUGGAAGCGAUGUACGGAGGCGAAACCUUACGAGGCGAAGCAAGCUACUUUACACAGGUAAAAAAUGUCCGGAAGAGUAGCCAGCGUUUAAAGGAUGCUUUGGUUCAGCUCGAUUUGGCAGUUCCAUUAUGUCUUCUGACGGCACAACAGAAGCAGUAUAUUCUCUACCGUAUUGAAGAUGCUCAUAUUAAGCUGUUGGGCAAAAUGUACGAUCUCUGUCAGGAGACGCUGUUCCAGUUCGGCCAAUUUCUUCUUGUAAACUAUAGCUCAAGCGAACAUCGGCUACCAUCUGUCGGUGAACUGCUGUCACGGUAUAUGGUAACAGCUGACGUGGCGUUCUUCCUGGCUCGACCAGGCCUGAUGGAAAAUAUCGACACGCGUUUCCAGCAGAUGAAGCGAGAGGCCAGUGGUGAAGUUAGCAAACAGGUCGAAGCGCGAAUGUAUGUGGAUGCCGUAAAUUACGUACUAGGUCCACUAAGCGAGGCGAUCAAGCCCAAUUACCCACCAAAAUGUUGGCAAGAUCUUAGCAGCGAGCUGUUCGUGGCUUUCUGGACACUAUCUAUGGGUGAUGUGGUGACACCGGUAGCCGGUUACGAACGCGAAAUAUCCAAGUUACGAGCACAAAUCGCCGUUCUUGAAGAUAACAAGGAACUCGCGCCCGCCAGAAAGAAGAAAGACAAGGAGCGCUGUGCCGCUCUUAUCGAUCGACUUCAGGAAGAGCAGCGAAAACAAGAGGAACACGUAGCCCAUGUUAUGACCCGACUUCGCCAAGACAAAGAUUCCUGGUUUAUCUCACAUACUCUCAAGAACGAUACCAUCACCCAGUUUUUGCAGCUCUGCCUAUUUCCACGUUGCCGCUUUUCCCCAAUGGACGCUAUCUAUUGUGCGCACUUCGUGCAUACGCUACACAAGCUGAAGACGUCGAACUUCUCGACGUUGAUCUGCUUUGACAAGAUCUUUUGUGACAUUACUUAUACGGUGGCGUCUUGUACCGAAGCCGAGGCCUAUCGUUACGGGCUGUUUCUUGGCACACUCAUGGGGGUCAUGAUGCGAUGGCAUAGCGAUGAGAAAGUAUUCGAUCAAGAGUGCUCGCAGUUUCCAGGAUUCGUCACGAGGUUCAAGGGCGCUCCGUCAGGAGCGGAUAGUGCUGGCGACAAUGACGUCGAUUACCAGAAUUACCGGCAUGUGUGUCACAAGUGGCACUACAAACUUACGAAAGCGUUGGUGCUUUGUUUGGAAAGCGACAACGAUGUUCAACUGAAAAAUGGUUUAAUCGUGUUGACGAAACUUGUCCCGCAUUUUCCGAAGGUCGGCAAUCUCUACCAGGCGCUAGACAAACGUGUGGAGAAACUAAAAAACGAGGAACGAGAAAACCGCAAGGACGUCUUCUCACUGGCCAGCAUGUAUUCAGGUCAUCUUAAGUUGCUUAAGCAGCAUUGUAUACCAGAGAAAGAUUUCCAUGCGGUUGUUGACAAAAGUGGCGGUGUCGCUCAAUCGAAUAGUAACAACACAGCGAGCAACAACGGCACUGGACCGGCAGCUGUAAAGGUAGUGAAAAGUAGCAAGAACGACGACAGCAGGACAAGGGGCGGCGGUAAUGCACGAGAAGACGCGACAUCCCUUACCCUGCCGAAGACGCCACGGGACGCCACUAACAAACAACAACAGCAACAACAACAACAACAACAGCAGCAGCAGCAGCAGACGACGACGCAGCAGGUUCAAAGGGACGAAUCGCCCAAUGGGCAUCCAGAGGAGACGAAUCGAAAGCGGCGCCGCGGAGCCGGUGCCAAUGAAGAUCGCGAAGAGGGUGAACUGCCGCGGGACAACAGUGGUGGCGGAAAGGACUAUGGAUCUGUUCGAGAUAAUAACAGCACCAGAGAUGGAUUAGGGAGGGGGGAUAAGGAGACCAUGGGACCCAUUAAGGACGGAGGUCGAGAACGGGACCGAUUGGAUCGGAAACGGCUGAGACGCGAAGACCGAGAACUGUUGAGAAACGGCUCAGGUGAUGGAGGUUUGCAGCAGGGCGCCCUCUCGAAGGGAAGCGGCCUUACCGACCCCCAGAAAGCGGGUCGCGAUGGCAGAGCCCGACUAGUCAGUCCGCCUGAUGGACCGCCUCAACCGGGAAUUAUCGAUGAUCCACGACCCCUUAAGCGGCAUGCCAAAUCGAGACGUUAGCACUGCCCAUAGCUGAAGACAUGACUGUCACGUCUUCAAUAAAAAAAAGCUGUUCAAGCAGAAGUGAAAGUAAGAUGAAAAGGCACCGACGAAACGAGGCGGGUUUCAAGUGUCCAUAUACAUAGAGGCGUGAUGAUGAGGAUGCAAGUAGCGGGCGAAUAUAUCGAGAGAACGAAUGAUUCAAACAACAAUAUUCACAAUGAAUUCUAAUGGCACAAUAAGCUUCGUGGUCAGCUGGAACUCGCUUGGACAUCCGAAGGCGAGAGAAAAACGUCUGUUGACUAGUUGAUACGUUUAAACAGUAGAAGUCGCGCCUGACGGGGGUACAUGUCACUUAAUGUAAGUAAAUGUUUCAUCAUUGGUGUCAGUGAAUCAUCGGUUUCCACUGCGACACAUCAACUGAACCUUGAACUUCGUUCGGACUUUGAGCAUUAUGCCGAGCUGUUGAUGCUUGGGUCAGCGAGAUCGUCGCAAAAAUUAAAAAGUCCAGUUAACGUGAAGGUUCCAAAAGAACGGAACUUGGAACAACAGAUGGCCUUAUCUAAACUGAAUCCGUAGCUAAGCUAGCUGUUGGAAAUGGUUUCGUCGAAACUAACUGUUGUGUGAUUUAGCCCGAAACAUACUUGCGCCAUGCUUGGUAGUCCGGAAAGAAUGAAAAAGCUGUGUACGCUUAAGAAUUAUAAAACGAUAUAACUAAUAUUAGCAGAUGACAAUGUACCAGACCUAGUUAUAAUAGUAAUAACAAAAAUGAAUAAUAAUUAACUAGAUUGAAGAUCUGCUCAGCAUAAAGGCUUUCAGUAAGGAGAAGAAGGGCAAACCAGAAAGAUAACCACAGAUGACGACGGCUGAAGUCAUGACACUUUCAGUUAGCACUUUCUUGUUCGGAGGCUUGUUUUUUACCAUCGUGAGAAAUGUUUUUGUUAUUGACAUGAUCCAACGUGCUCGCACGACGCUCGAUCAUUUCAGUUGAGAAAAAGGAAGUACAAUAACUCGAUGGAAAAGAAGGGGUCGGGCAAAGAGAAAAGGGGAGGGAGGAGAAUAAGUAAUAGCGGAAAUCUUAUCGUCGUCUAAUUCACCAUUACCGCGACCCGUAUAAAUACAUGUAGAGAGCUGUAUAUACUAUGCGUAUCUGAAGGUGUGUUCUGAUCCGCGAACAAACACUACUAACCGGAGGAAGUUAUUGCUAUAUAUCAUAAUUAUUAGUAUAGGAUUAAAAAAUAAUAUGAGUAUAGAUGACAAUAAUAGUCAUUAUUAUUAUCGAGCGGCGGCAUAAAUUCCGUAUUAGUAUCGCCAUUGGAAUAAUAGCUAGCAUGAUGAUGUAAAUAAAGUGUGUACGAUCCUAAUUGACAUUGGGUGUCGUUGUCUUUAUCAAAAAGAAUCGAUGAGAGAACGGCUUUAUGAAGAGGCUGUUCAGGGUAUUUCAUGAUCUACAGAGAGAUUCCGAUGGAAAAAGUUGCCAGUGGAAUAGUAGCUGAUGCGUAUUAUUAAUUGUUUCACAAACCGGAGCCGUCAGAGGGACUGUUGCAGAAGCAUUUCGGAAGGGCUUACUUUGUCCGUUCCUGAGAAAUCGGGCUUUAAACACAACCCUCUACCCGAGAUCACAAGAGUGACACAACCAUUGGCAACUUCAGGAAACUCUCGCACAAUCUUCAACGCUCAUCCUGCUUGGCAUUUGAUUCUCGUUGGAUAAACCCUCUGGAUCAUCUGUUAUGCGCAUCCGCU